AGAAUGUCAUCUCCAAGUUACUUUAUCGCCGUCCGGGACUUUUUAUCACUUCAGUCUUCUGAUGGCACUUUUGAGAGGGUGGAGAGAGGGAGCCUGCUGACCUUAGCUACAAAUCUACCUGCCGGUCUCACCCGAAAGGACAGUGCACUUCAUCAUUCAGCCACGCUUUGGCUUAGGGUUCAUGAAACCCAAAAGGUGGUUGAUGUAAACUCUGAGUCAGUACAUGAAGUUGAACAGUUGAUCUGGAGCAUGUUACUGGCAGUUACUGAUACAGAAGAACGUCUUCUAUUUUAUCAGGACCGCAAAAGGUUGAAGGAAGUUCUAAAUCUGAACACGGGAGACUUUGUGCGCGUACAGGUUAUCUCAUCCAGUGGACGCAAAGAGAGGGGUGUUUUGCGUUACAAAGGAUCCGUCAAUCACAAAAAAUCACAAGAAAUUCUUUUUGGAGUGCAGUUAUUGGGAUCUGCAGAGGGAAAGGGUUUCACCGAUGGCACAUUUCGUGGACACAGGUUUUUCCACUGUGAUGAGAAUUGCGGAGUCUUUGUUCCAGGAAGUAGGCUGGAGCGGGAUUUGGGAAGAACCCCAGUUCGGAAACAGGGUGACAUGGACGACAAGCAUUCAGCAGAAGCAGAUGAAUUGGUUCGCAGGCACAGAAACCACCAGAAGCCAGUGACUUUUUUGUCACGGGGAGUUAGGCAACCGAGCCCACCAAGAUUUGUGGAGAAAGGCCGAGAGCACUUGCCACCGGCUGAAGAAAGGAGCAGGAAGCCUUGUGCUCCAGAGGAGACCACGGUACAAGGUGAAGAAGAUGAACCACAACCACUGAACAAUCCUCUUGAAGUAGAAGAUCAGCAAGUAUCUAACCAGCCGUCGGAAGAUCACCACCCUCCUUUCAAUCUGUACUGUCCUCCUGGGAAUGACAGCCUGUUAUCUGAACCAGACUCUAUAAGACAUGGCCUGGAACUCAAUUCCAUGGUUGAGGUGAACGAUCCUCCCAUAUAUGGAGUCAUCCGAUGGAUUGGGCUUACCCCUGACUCUCCCGAAACCAUUGCUGGCCUUGAAAUGGAGGAGGAGCUCCCCACUGCCUACACAGAUGGAGUUUACAGAGGAGCGAGAUGUUUUUAUUGUGGACCCAAUAAGGCCUUGUUUGUGAAACUUCGAAACUGCCGACCAGACUCUCGUUUCUAUUCCCUGCAUGGGCCAACCAAUCAAAUUCAGAGAUGUAACUCUAUCGCAUUCCAAGACUAUACUAGCAAAUGUGUUGAGGAGAACACUCCACCUGCAGCAGAUGAAGAAGCAUUAGAAUGUAUGAUUGGCUGGAAAAAGGGGAUACAGGGUCACUGCAACUCCUGUUAUUUGGAUGCAACAUUAUUCUGUAUGUUUGCAUGCUCCUCGGUACUGGAUACCAUGCUGCUGCGUCCUCCAGAUAAGAAUGAUAGCGAUUCAUAUAUUGAUACCCGAGACUUGCUCCGCACUGAGAUAGUCAACCCUCUGCGAAAGAAUGGGUAUGUAUGUGCCACUAAAAUAAUGGCCUUGAGGAAGAUUUUGGAAGCUGCAGGGAAGAGCACAGGCUUCACCAAUGAAGAAAAAGAUCCAGAGGAGUUUCUAAAUCAGUUGUUCCAAGUUCUCAGGGUAGAACCUCUCUUUUAUAUUAGGACAACCAAGAAGGACCCACAGGGUUGUAUAUUCUAUCAGAUUUUCAUGGAGAAGAGACAAUCAGUGGAUGUACCAUCAGUGCAGCAGUUGCUAGAAUGGUCCAUGGUUAAUGGCGAUCUCAAGUUUACUGAGGUUCCAUCGUGCCUAAUCAUUCAGAUGCCCAGAGAUGGGAAGAACAAGAUAUUCCCAAAAAUUAUUCCUACUCUCCAACUGGACAUCACUGAUCUCCUUGAAGAUGCCCCAAGGCAGUGCUGUAUUUGUCAGUCUCUGGCAGUAGUGGAGUGUCUCGACUGUUAUGAGGAUACAGGGAUCACACCAGGUCACAUAAAGCAAUACUGUGCAAUCUGCAGUAAGCAGGUUCAUCUUCACAAAAAGCGUGGCAGCCACCGUCCCAGGGAAAUGUGUGUGCCUGAAAAUCUAAAUGGACAGGCUGUGUUCCAGAGACAGUAUUUGCAGCUCUUUGCUGUUUUAUGUAUAGAAACUAGUCAUUAUGUCGCCUUCAUUAGACUAAACUCCCAGAAUCGACCUCUGUGGGCUUUCUUUGACAGCAUGGCUGACAGAGAAGGAGGACAGAAUGGAUUCAACAUUCCCAAAGUGAUUCCGUGCCCAGAGGUGACAGAGUACCUGGAAAUGAGCCCCGAAGAGCUCCAGCAGGAAGACCCAAAGGGCAUGCCAGCAUAUGCUCACAGGCUACUUUGUGAUUCUUAUAUGUGUUUAUACUACAGUCCUGAGCUUAGUCUCUACAAAUAGCAGACAAGCAAGGUUUGGUGACUGAUUUAUAAUAUAUUUCUGGGGUUCUUGCUUAAUGCCAGUAAAUGAGUUAUGUUUUCUGAUGCUAUAUUGUACAUUGGUACCAAAUGUUUGCACUUUAGCCACCUCUAGGUA